AUGAAAUUCCUACUAUUCCUAUCACUGAUAACUGCUCUACAUGGCUUCGAAUACCUACCAGUGAAUCGAAUACCCUAUUGGAAGGCUUUGAAAGACAGAAACCGGGGUCCGGCCUAUGCCCAGCCUGAACAAGUUCAUCUCGCUUAUGGAGGUAAUUAUUUUUUUAAGCCUUAUGAGCCUGAAACUCUACCGGUAAGACAUAUGAAAUGAAACUACCGAGAAUUGCCCAAUAAAUCAGAAAAAAAAAAACUUGAAAGGACUCGAACCAGGAACCUCUGCUUCGAUGUCAAGGUCUCUACCGACGGAGCCAUUACUCUCUUUUUUUGAAAAUAGAAAUCUAGAACACACUCUUCCGUAUGAUCAAUGCAAAAUGAAGCUUCGAACAAAAAUCAAUGAACCUUAAAAGGACUCGAACCAGGAACCGCUGCUUCGAUGUCAAGGUCACUACCGACUGAGCCAUGCUGGCUUUUUAAACCACACAGUAAUAUGCCUCAUUCUUUCAAUUAUUCUUGAAAGAUAGGCUCCCAAAAAGUAGUUUUCAAGAAACUUCCAGUCAAAAUGUCGAAAGUUCAACUCCUCUCCACGUUUUUGCCAUUUUCCAGGUGAUCCAACGAAAAUGUCCGUCACUUGGCUGACCUUCGACGACACAGCGGAAGCUAUUGUGGAAUAUGGAGAAGAUUUGAGUCUUGGAAAGGUGAUUUUCAUUGAUUAGGAUAGUUUUGAAGAUGGCAAAAUUAUUGACAGAUGUGAGAAUCAAGAAAACCCUUGGAAGAAUGAGUAGGAUUGAAAAAAGGACGGUUGGUUUUUGAGUUAGGAAAAAAUGAUUUUUAUAUUUUGUAAAAUCAAAUUUUUUUGAUUAACGAUUUUUUUGACUAAACAGCUAGGUAAAAAAAUUGUCGCUUCUUGGAAUCUUGUUGUUGCGAAUGGAAUGGCCCGACCCGAAACGACUUGCGCUUAUUGACAUUGAAAAGUUCAUGAGCGUGUCGCAGCGCUUUGAGCCAUUCCAAAUGCGACCUUUUUGGGUUUUUUCAAAACUGAGAUAUCUGAAAAACGAAAUUGAACUGAAAGUUUCAGUUUUCUUGGUUUUUGAGCUAUUUAUAUAAAUAAAAAUUUUUUUAAACUCAAGUAUUUCAGUGACUUUUUUCCAUGUCUUUUGAAGGCGAAUUUCGUUGAUUUUUAUGAUUUUUUUGAACCUUUUUUCAGAUAUUUACAUUAAUGAGAUGAUUGAGAAGCUCCUGAACAAAGAAAAUGACUUACUUUUCAAAAAAUUCAGCAAGUAAAAGGCCGAAGCGCCGUUUUUUUGGACGGCCAAAAAUCGAAUCGUUGGCGCUAUAUCCAUAGAGCGAACUUGACCGAUUUGGUUCCAGGGACAAGAUAUUGUAAGUUUAAAAAUUUUUAUAAAUACUUAAAAAAAAUAAAAAAAUGAUUCAGAUUACCACGUUGGAUGUGAAUACGGCUGGAGCGCCAUUUAUUUUUUUACAGUGAGAAUUUUUUUGAUUUUUUGAUUUUUUUCAUGUACAUUUGCAUUGUAAGAUUGCUGAAUUCUUCCAUCUGAAUUUUUUUCAGGCCCUAAAACCCCGGUCAGAUGGAGGGUACGAGUACGCUGUCUAUGGGGAUUUGGGCAGUGAAAAUGGUCGAUCGAUCGGAAAAUUACAGAAGUUCGCUCAGAGUGGCGGGGUCGAUGUGGUUCUGCAUGUUGGUUAGUUGACAGAAGCUGGUUUUUUCCCGUAAACUUUAAAAACUUACGUUGAGGUUGUUUAGUAUGUUGUGAAGGGGGGGCGACUCUGGAUUGACGGGGGGGUUGGAUUCUGAAAUGUAGGGUGCCGAUUCGGACAAGGCUUGAAAUGCUUGUUUUUAAGGGUAAAGUGGUUCUAGAAUUGCCCCCACUCCCCCUUCCCCCGCGCCUUAGCACCGUGGGGGGCGAUUGUAGAAUAAGUUGUUGUUCGGACGUGGGAGCUGUAUCUCGGUGAGAGGGGAGUGGGGGGCGAUUCUGGAAUGUAGGGUGCCGUUCCGGACAAACGAGGCUUGAAAUGCUUAUUCCAAAGUUGGGUAGGGGGAGGGGCGAAUCUUGAUCUACCCCCCAAGCACCAUGGAAGGCGAUUCUAGAGUCAAAAAUUUGCCUUAGGGGGAGGGAGAGGGGGGGGUUGUACGCCCUUGUUGCUCAUGUUACCUUUGAAUGGCUCAUUUUAAAAAAAUAAAGAAUGAGAAAAAUCUGUUCAGAAUUGGUAGAGGAUCGCUGAGAAACCAAAAAAAGUAUUUUGAAAAAAAAAUGCUCAUAUGACUGUAUUGCUCAUGUUAAACCUGUCUUCCUCAUUUUAGCACUCAUUUUUUAAGGAGAUUUUGCCUACGAUAUGAAUGAGAACAAUGGAGGGACUGGAGAUGAAUUUUUCCGACAAAUCGAGCCGAUCGCUGCGUAUGUCCCUUAUAUGGCCACCGUUGGGAAUCAUGAGGUUUUUCGAAGAUUUUCUUAUUUUUCUUGUAAUUUUUUCUUUUUUUCAGAACUAUAACAACUUCACGCAUUAUGUCAAUCGUUUCACGAUGCCGAAUUCGGAUCACAACUUGUUCUACAGGUAAAUAUCUCAAGAAAAAGAUAAAAUUCAAAAAAAAAUUAACAUGCUGUCUCUGUAAUUUUCGAAAUUUUCUCAAAGACAGCGGGUACAGAAAAAAAAAAAUUUUUUUGAUUUCAAUGAAAUUUCAACCAGUGUUAUCAUAUGACGUCAGAAUUGCGGACACGAUUUUUUGAGCCAUUUCCUCCAACCGUAACCGGGUUACGGUAGGGAGGUGGUCACCUGCGUAUCUAAGAAUUGACAAGUUUUCUCUAGGCAAGUUGUAUAUCAAUCGAUAGGUAAUGCAAUUUUAGGAAUUUUUUCAAUACAUACCAUCUUGGGCUACUGUAGAAAUUUUUGAGAUACGGUACUUUUUGUGUUCGCAACUUUGGUUUUUUGGUCUAGCUUCAAAAAAAUACCACAUUGAAAAAAUUUCGAGAUACCCAUCAUGUCGAAAAAUCGCGCCGAACGCGCGCAACUCGGGGUACUAGCGCUUAGACUCGCCUUGGAUGAUGGCCUCUAACCUUCUUUUAUUGUCUGAACUUUUGUUGAAAACUGUUUUUCUUGAAACUACAGUUCAUAAACUUCUGGUAAAAUUAAAUAUUUAAAAAAAUAUUUAAAAAAAUAGCUUGUGCGCUCUAUUGCUAAUUGGAACCUCUCCCUUAGAAAACAGCCUCAAUUUCUUUAUACGCGUUUAGUUUUCCAGUAACAGAGCAAAAUAGCCCUUAAAAGUGGAAAUUGCAUGUGCGCUCCAUUGCUAAUUGGAUGUUUUGCCUUAGAAAACCGCCUCAAUUUCUUUAUACGCGCUUAAUUUUCCAAGGACAGGAAAAAAAUAGCCUCGAAAAUUAAAUAGCUUGUGCGCUCUAUUGCUAAUUGGAGCUUCUGCUUUAGGAAAUCGCCUCAAUUUCUUUAUAAGCGCCUAAUUUUUCAGUAACAGGCGUGUGCGCUCUAUUGAUAGUUGCAUUAAAAUACUUCAAACUGAAACUACUACACUAAAAUGAUGCACAGAGAUUAUUUUGGGACUGGAAAAAAUAGCCUUGAUAGUAGAAAUAGCAUGUGCGCUCCAUUAAUAAUUGAACUAUGAUACUUCAAAAUGUAACUGCUAUAAUAGAAAUUCAUACUAAAAAUGAUGCGCAAGGAUUAUUUUGGGACUGGAAAAAAUAGCCUUGUUAGUAGAAUUGCAUGUGCGCUCCAUUGAUAAUCGGAUGAGAGUAGAUCAUAUUUGAAAUGUUGCGGUAGAAAAUCAACGAAGCUUCAUGAUACGCAAUGAAUAUUUCGAGAAAGGGACAAAAUAGCCUUAAAAGUGCAAAUAGCAUGUGCGCUCCAUUGAUAAUCGGAUGAGAAUAACUUAAUUUAGAGCUACUGCACUAGAAAGUUACUUUGAAUUGAACGCGGAAGUUGUUUUAGGUCGUUGCAUGAUCUCCCCCGAGGGGGAUUUUUUUAAGGACUGGACAAAAAUAGCUUGGUAAAUAACGGGUUUUCUGCGCUCCAUUGCAAUCUGGGAUUGAAGAUUUUACGAUUAAAAAAAAUCACAUCGAGAUGCGCUCUAUUGAUAAGUACUUGAAAAGCGGCAGGCCAAUUUCCAGCCUUCACGCGACCCUUUGAGCCAUUCCCAAUGCGACCAAGAAGGUUCAAGAAGAAUUUCAGCUUCGACCUCGACAAGGCUCAUUUCAUCGGCUUCUCGACGGAAUUCUACUUUUUCACCCAAUAUGGGUACGCUCAAAUCGGCCGGCAGUUUGAGUGGCUCAAAAAUGACUUGAGGGUGAGGCGAAAUCAACGACUGGCUUUAUUGAGAAUUUCUUGAAGAAAGCCAAUGAGAAUCGGAAAAACGUGCCUUGGAUCAUCACGAUGGGUCAUCGGCCAAUGUAUUGUUCCGACUUUGACGGGGAUGAUUGCACUAAAUAUGAAUCGAUCGUGGGUUCAUUUAUAUUUAUGUACCUGAAAGAGGAAAAAAAUUCUCAAAAAAAUCUAAUUAUUUCGUUUUUUGAAAGUACUGUCGCCUUCUAGGGCUACGUGACUUGAUGUUAACGCUCUUGGGAACGCCAGAGACGACCCUAUAGGGAUUAGGGGGAAAAAAUCCUCUAGAGGGAACGAAAAAGUGAUCCCUAUAGGGAUUUGGGAGAAAAAAGCCUCUAGAGGGGACAAAAAAGGGCUCCCUAUAGGGAUUAGGGGAAAAAAGCCCCUAGAGGGAACAAAAAAGUGCUCCCUAUAGAGAUCUAGGAUCGGGUCUCUGAACCCCUAAAGCUUAAGUGGUCCCUAUAGUGUUAUUUCAUUUUGUAGUCUAUGAGGGCGGUUGAAUGAAACCCCUAUAGGGGCCACUUUUGCAAGAUUUAGUGUCCCUAUAGGGGUUUUUGUUCUGAUUCAAAAAUUAAGAAGAUGUAUAGAGGUCACUAGCAUUUUACCUUAUAAGGGUCGCUAGAUAAAACACUAUAGGGGCCACUUUUGCAAGCUUUAGCGAACGCUAUAGGGUUUUUCGUUCCGAAUAAAAAGUUAAGAAGAUGUAUAAAGGCUACUGGCAUGUUACCCUAUGAGGGCCCCUAGAUAAAACCCUGUGAGGGCCAUUUUUACAAGCUUUAGUGCCUCUGUAGUGGGAGGUGAAGGGGUUCCUAAAGAAGAGCCUCCAAGGGCACCUAAGGUUGCUUCUAUAGGGACCACUCUGGCGUUUUUAAAUAGACGUUUUUCAAAAAAAGUUGAUCAACAAGAAUCUGUACUGAUCUUGAAGAGUCUGAAUACAAAGUCAGAAAGCUGUCAAGAAGCUCUCAAGAACUUCACUGAAAAGGCAACUAGGUUCAAACUUGCUUCAGAAGAUCUAGAUAAAAUUGGUUCACUCUAGAAAUCCGAUUGGUCUUUGAAAAACGGAGCAAUUGAAAUAUCUAGGUUCGACCUGGCUUCAGAGAACUUAACUACCAUGAUGGGCUUUUUGAAUUUAGAAAGGUGCUUCCAGACCAGAAUAAUUGUUAAAAACCUACCAAACUCACUGAUUGAAGUCCGUCCGCCGAGACUUGACAGUUUUCGCAUGUCUGCGUCUCUCUGUUCCCUAACCGGCGAGUUCAGAGAAAAAUGGAAAUAGCACGUCAGCAUGAGAGGGUCGACGAGAGAUAAGGAGGGCGCAGGAAAACGGACUAUAACAAAACUAACUCUAUUCAGUAGUUUAUUCAACUUUCCAAGAGAAUCCUGUAGAUCCGAACCGGCCUCCCCCUAACCCACGCCUACGCCUUGGAGCGGCUCUUCUACGAACAGGGCGUAGAUCUCGAACUUUGGGCUCAUGAGCACACUUAUGAACGGAUGUGGCCGGUCUACAACAGAACGGUUGGUUUGAAUUUGAGAAAGAGGAUUUUCGAGUGAUAAAAAUGAUGCCAGGUUUUCAACGGCACCGAUCAACCUUACUUGGAUCCACCAGCACCAGUUCACAUUGUCACCGGAUCUGCGGUGAGUGGAUUCGAACCUGGAACCCUUCUCGCCUCUCCCAAGCCUCUGACCGACUGAGCCAAGACCUCCGAAGUUUCAGGGCUGCCGAGAGAACACUGACAUCUUCGUCGAGCAUCCAGGUCCAUGGAGCGCGGUUAGAUCGACCGAUUAUGGCUUUGGAAUGUUGAGGGUAUAUAACGAGACCCAUCUGAGGUUCAGACAAGUCGCAGCGUUUACGGUAGGAGGUUACUGUAGGGCUUACUGUAACGGGAGGUUUCUAGGACGUGACGCAGGACGAUUUCUACGUUAUCAAGACGAAACAUCGACCGUACCGGCAUAAGGACUUUAAAAAGUGGGUGGAAAUUUGGAAGACUUAAUCGAAAAAAAAAUCGAUGUAUCACAAAUUUUAUCCGUGAAGCGCAUUUGCUAUUUCAUUUUUAGCCGUGGGGCACAUCUUCAGCGGCCAUGUGCUUUUUUUUGAACAAAACGACAUGAAGAAAAUAACUAAAUACUAAAAAUUAAGAAGAAAUUUAAUUUGACAAGCUUGAAACUUUUUUAGCUCCAUCGAUGUCAAUUUUUCGCAUUGGAGCGCAUUUUCUUGUUAUUUUUAGCCGUGGAGCUUUUUGUCCACAUAAUUACACACUAAGAAUAAUAAGAACCAAAAAAUAAGAACGAAACUCAGUGUGAAUAGCUUCUGGAAUAACGAUCACAGCUUUUCUCAGUGGAGCGCAUCUUCUUUUCAUUUUUAGCCGUGGAGCUUUUUGUCAACAUAAUGACGCACAAAAAAAAACUAGAACCCAAAAACAAGAACGAAAUUCAGUUUGAAUAGCUUUUGGAAUAACGAUCACAGCUUUUCUCAGUGGAGCGCAUUUUCUUGUUAUUUUCAGCCGUGGGGCGCGAUUGUCAUCUCAGAAGCUAUUUUCAAUAUUUUUCAAUAAAAUAAAAUGUUGUAUAUCGAAUUUUCAGACUUCAAACUUUCGGAACCUACAUCCACCACAAAACUUGCGCUCAUCCGUCGCACUGCAAUCGAAAAACCUUCGAUGACGAUGUAAAUAUUGCCGACCUUUGA